UGUCUCCAGACCACACCCAAACAAAAAGCGUCACUUGCCAUCAGCUCACAUGACAUGAGCCGAGCUCAGUCGCAGCCCCACCAGCCCCGCACCCCCCGCGCUCGGCACCAGGGGGCCCUCCAGGGCGUGGAAUGCAUGUCAGCGCGGAUGAGAGCCUGCACACGCAAGACAACCACCGCGGCCGUCGCGAUCUGCUGACCGAGGCUUACGACGAUGCCGAUUCCCGACCUCAGUGCAUGUUCGUCCGCGCUGAGCGGCGUGUACACGACUCUUUCAGGAAGAUAUAUCUAGCUCGCUUGCUGGCGUCGAGUCCUCCAUCCACCUGACUGCCUCUCGCACCCAUCAUCCAGCGACAGACACAGAAACAAUGACUAUCUCUUCCGCCAACGCAAAGACUGGGUAUGACCAGCUCGAGUAUCACCCUGGCUUCGGUGGAGCGUUCCGCUCCGAGUCGGUGCCCAACUCGCUCCCCAAGCACGCCCAUGUUCCCGAGAAGGUGCCAUAUGGCCUCUACACCGAGGGUAUGACGGGCUCGGCCUUCACAGCCCCCCGCCACUCAAACCGCCGCUCGUGGCUCUACCGCAUCCGCCCCUCAGUCGUCCACAACCCUUACGAAGAGUACUCAGGCAACAACUCGCUCGUCUACAACUUCAACCAGGACAACACGGACGAGGUCAAGAGUACACCGCAGCAGCUCCGCUGGGAUCCUCUCAAGGUCAAGGGCGCCGAGAAUCUCGACUUCCUCGACUCGAUUCGCACAAUCUGCGGCGCCGGCAACGCGCAGCUCAAGAGCGGCGUCGCUAUUCACUGGUACCAGUUCGGCAAGGACAUGGACAAGAAGGCGCUGUACUCGUCGGACGGUGAUUUCCUCUUCCUGCCCGUCAAGGGCGAGCUCCUCAUUCAGACUGAGUACGGCCGCAUGCACGUCCCGCCAUGCCACAUUGCCGUCGUCCAGCGCAAUAUGAAGUUUACCGUGUCGCGUGUCGGCGAGCACUCGCCCAAUGAGCCAGCCUCGGGCUACAUCCUCGAGGCGUUCAACAACCACUUUGUCCUCCCCGACCUCGGGCCGAUCGGCGGUAAUGGCCUUGCGAACAUCGAGGACUUCGAGACCCCGACCGCUUGCUACGAGGACACGGACGAGGAGUGGCUUAUCGUCAACAAGUACGGCGGCAAGCUGUUCCAGUACACCCAGGACCACAGCCCGUACGACGUCGUGUCGUGGCUCGGCAACUACGUGCCGUACCGCUACGACCUGCAGAAGUUCUGCUCCGUCGGUAACAUCUCCUUCGACCACGCCGACCCCUCGCUCCAGUGCGUCCUCCAGGUGCCCUCAGACACCCCGGGCACGUCGAUCAUCGACUUCUGCGCUUUCCCGCGCCGCUGGAGUGCCGUCAAUGACACGUUCCGCCCGCCCUGGUUCCACCGCAACAUUGUCACCGAGUUCAUGGCAACAGUUUCGGGCUACCCUUCGCCCCGCGACGGCUGCAACCUUCACAACCCCGGUUCGGCGCACGGCCCCGACUCGGCAUCGACUGAGAUGGGCUACUCUGGCAAGAUCCCCGACGGUCCCAUCCAGGUUGGCGCUGAGGGCUCGAUGAUCUGCCUCAUGGAGACCUACUUGCCACUCAACCCUACCAAGUGGGCCCUGGAGGACUCGGGAUCCCUCCAGCCCAACUACCACGAGCAGUGGCAGGGCAUCAAGCGCCACCACACUCUCCCCGCGUCGUCGUACGCGGGUUAAGGAGUCGAAGGGAAGUACAUUUAAUGCAGUAUGGGGUCGAUAUUCAGUAGUGCCUGCAUCAGUAGAGAGACUGGGGAGUUGUACGAAUGCAAAGUAUGAGGACU